CUUCAAGUCUCUCUCGUCAACACGACCAUCAUUAAUCCUCCUCGCCGUCCACCAUCAUCCGCAUCAACGUCAUCCUCCCACCCUCCACGACCACCACUACCGCCAUCAUCACUGUCGCCUACACGCAUCGCUCCCUCCCAUAUCCUCGUCCCUCCCCACUCGCGCGCCAGCCUGAUCGGCUACGCCAGUACGUCGAGUCACUUGGCGCCUGCUCGCGACGUGCUCGAUCAACAAGUCAACUCGCUUCCAUUUGGCACGCGUUGUGCCUUCGUUCACGAUGCAGUCUUCCUCGGCAGCCAUUUCCCAGGUGGAUGAUGGUGGCUCGAGUCGAAUCAAGCUCUGUAGUGAGGAAGUCAACAUCCUCAUCUACCUUUAUCUGCUGGAAUCCAACUUCACCCACACCGCCUUCACCCUCCUAUCAGAGUCUGCACUUCCAUCCACAUCCCUGUUUCAGACAUUCAAUCCGUCGUACCCGACAUCAUCUGCACGCAAGGAUUCAUCUACGCGAACAAAUGGGACAACCAAACCCGCAACUCCAACCAGUGAUGCGUUUGGCUCCUCUGCUGGCAAGAUUCCACGGGGAGAACUGAUUCGCAAGCUUUGGAAGGCCCUACGAUGGGAAGAAAUCGAGAGGCAUGCGGCUGGUGAUCUGGAAAAUGGAUCGCUCGCAUGUCGGUCUCCCUUCCAUCUGCUGAUACCCCAUACUUGUUCUGCAGAGGAAGCGGCGGACGGCAUUGAUACCGCAACCUCACCGCCGCCUUCCAAACGACCGGAGGCGUUCCCUCAGCCGACAGUAUCUGCCAAGGUCGCUACUUCAGGCGACGUGGAUCGACAGACUCUCCCCGUUGAAUCCCAGGGCUCAUCUCCGCUUGCCAUCGGCAAGGGAAAGCGCAAGGGCAUAGCGGAGUCGCCACCUCCGGUGCCAAACGACAUCAACAGAGACGACUCGGUUGGCGAAGAACAGGAGAGCGCCCCUGUGCGAUCAGUGCCCAACCAGGAGACCUCACUCCCCCGCGAUAGCGAUAGCGGCCCCGCCGUCAAACGUCAACGUGAAGAUGACGACAAGACCCCGGACACGACGACUCGUCCAAGGGCGCCUUCGUCGCGCUCGAAAAGCCAAAAUUCUAGUUCGAAGGCGGCCCCUGUCAAGUCCAUUAGAGGGUUCCCAGCCACCGAGUCUGGAGGCGGCUGCUGGAUGGAGCAUCGAGAUGCAGUGACUUGCCUCGCAUGGAACCCAAAAGAUAAGGACUCGCUGGUAACUGGAAGCAGCGACGGGAGCGCGAAGCUCUGGGACUUCUUCGAAACAGAGGCUUCAUCAGGUCACGCCCUGCAGCUCAGCAAGAAGCCCGUUUCUAUCAGCCACAAGUCUAUUGACAGUGGGAAGAAGGCUGUAACUGCGUUGGGCUGGCAUCCAGAUGGAACUGUCUUCGCUACAGCGUCGGAUGGUGUCGGUCGACUGUUCACUCCUUCUGGCCAGCUUCAAGGCAUAUUGACGUAUGGCAGAGGAACCAUCAAUUCCCUCAAGUUCAAUCCGUCUGGCAACUCGCUUCUUGCGGCGAAGGAUGAUUUCACCGUCUGUCUGUUCGUCCUCGAUUUUGAUUUGAAGUCUCCGAAGCAGCUUAGCUUUGAGGCGCACUCGAAAGAGGUGAACGACGUCGAUUGGCUCGACGACGACGUCUUUGCCUCUGGCGGCAACGACCACCAUAUCUUCAUCUUCCGUGCGAACGAUCGGCGACCUCGUUUCACUCUGAAAGGCCAUACAGAUGACGUUACAAGGGUCAAGUGGUCGCCACCGCAAUCUGGAGGGACCGAACGCGCCCGACUCCUCGCGUCUGUGUCCGACGAUGGAACCAUCAUGGUAUGGAAACUGCCUCACUACCCGGCAGAUCGCGGGACCGUCAGCCGGUCACUAUCACCCAGCAAGCAGCCAAAAGACCGAGAGAGUGACGACGACUUUCUCGUCGUUGCGCCCGGGUCAGAGUACUGUAUCAAUCGCUUGGCAGUCGUUAGUGGGGGCACGGAAAACAAGAGGAUGAGCACGCUCGAGUGGUCCCCUGCUAGCCGGGACGGGAGGAUGAUUGUUGCAGCUGGCGGUCAGGACUCUACUGUCAAGCUGUUCGACGCCGUGUCCGGCGAAUGCUUGCAAGUGCUCGCCGGAUUGGAGUCGGGCACCGGCUCCAUUGCCUUCUCCCCCCUAGGGUUCGGCCGCCCGCUGGGCGUUGUUGCUGGUGGUGGAUGGAAUGGGAAGCUGGUGGUAUGGGAUGUCGAGACUGGUGAUGUUCUGAAGGAGUGCGAAAUAGAGGAGGAACCAGAUAGGCAAUCGGCGCGCGACAAACCGAUGAUGACCGCAAUGGCUUGGCGGAACGAUGGCCAGCAGCUGGCGCUCGGCCUUCAUAACAAGACACUGCUGUCGUUGUACGUUGGCAGUCUACUAUGAUGGCCCCGACAGUUGCUGUCAUGGCAUUCAUCAGCGCCAUAAAGAUGUAUCAUUACUCUCUCUCCAACA